CCGAGAAAGAUGGCGGUGUCCAGGCUGUGGGGGAGGGUCGGGGCAGUGUCAGGAGCCCUGGCAGUGGCAGCUGGAGCCUAUGGGGCCCACGGAUUCCGACACAGCGAUCGCAAUGAAUAUCAGAGAGAGCUCUUUGCGACAUCAAAUCAGUAUCACUUCCUGCACAGCCUGGCGUUACUGGCCGUCCCUCACUGCAGGCGCCCCCUGCUGGCCGGCUCUCUCCUGACGUCAGGGAUGGUUCUGUUUUGUGGGACGUUUUAUUAUCAGGCGAUGACCGGGGAUCCGACGCUCAGCAGAGCCGCUCCGUACGGCGGCACCCUGCUCAUCCUGGGCUGGGCUGCGAUGGCUCUGUGACCCUGCGCGCUUAUAACGCAUUCCUGUGGACUCUGCCGUGCCGUGCGCCGG